CUUGAAACUAGGCGGUCGCCAUGGAGCUCUUGGGAGAGUAUGUCGGACAGGACGGGCAGCGGCAGCGGCUGCGCGUGCCCUGUGAGGCGCCAGGUAACGCUGACCGUUUCCAAGUCCUGUUGUCGGGUGUGGCCCAGAUGAAAGAUCUGAUAACCGAUUUCUUCGACCCGCUGGUACAGCGGGAAGCGCAGGACCGGGUGGCUGCACCGCCAGACGAGGCCUCGGACG